AUGCUAUUUCUUUUAAUAUCAAUUGCUCUGGCUUAAUAACUUGAGUAUUUUAACGAUGCCAACUUUUAGAAACGAACUCUCAUAUCCAAACACUAUGUAGUCUAUGAUUGGGUCAUUGCAUUUUGUGAUCAGGAAUGUGAACAAGAAACUAUUACUAUCGUAAAUUCCUUUCCAGAUUCGUACUAAAAAGGACUCGUGAAUCUCUAAACCAAUCCAUGGAUCAAAGACAACAUAGCUCAAAAAGGCAUUUGGAUUUAUCAUUUGAACAACACGAUGUGCGAGUUUAAGAAUGGAAAUUGCCAUCACCAUCAUCAAGUCCCUUAAAUAUAUAACAUCCCAAAAGUCAACUUCUUUGAGCCCAGAAUGGUAAUUCUAUUCACAGCAUAUUUUAGAUCGUCGUCUAAAUAGGAUGUGUUAUUUUGGUCAUAUUUUACAUAUUGGCAUUCUUUGAUUUAAAAAAGAGAUUUUGGGAUACAAAACACAAAGUAAAAUCAUAAUGA